AUGGCUCGAAAAUAUCCACAAAACCCGAUAAAUUAUGCAGCUUAUAAAUUAAUUCAUCUGAGACUCAAGGAUUUCCAAAUCCCCUACCGGGAAAAACCCGAUCUUAAAGAAUCAAAUCACCACCAAACUUCUGAGGCGGACUUUUCAAGGCGAACAUGUGUAACCUGUCAGUAUCUCGUCCAAUCACUGAAGAAAGUCUCACAGUACGCCAAAGAAAAGAGUCUUACACAAGAUGCCUCAACAGUUGCCUGUUCUUUAACUAAUAAGGAUGAACAUGCUUGCGAUCAGUAUAUGCCAGGCAUAGUGAAUCUGGUGCACGAUUAUUUGGAAAGCUACGAUCCGAGUGAUGCGUGUCAA